CAGCGGAAGCGUGGGUCGCCAGAGGACGACUCUGGGAAGACUCGGCUUUCCGUUGUGUCUGCACAACCGGAAUCAUGUCGAGUUUGGCGGUGAGAGACCCAGCCAUGGAUCGAUCACUGCGUUCCGUGUUCGUGGGGAACAUUCCGUAUGAGGCCACUGAGGAGCAGUUAAAGGACAUUUUCUCCGAGGUUGGUUCUGUUGUCAGUUUCCGGCUGGUAUACGAUCGAGAGACGGGAAAACCCAAGGGGUAUGGCUUCUGCGAGUAUCAAGACCAGGAGACCGCGCUUAGUGCCAUGCGGAACCUUAAUGGGCGGGAGUUCAGCGGGAGAGCGCUUCGGGUGGACAAUGCUGCCAGUGAAAAGAACAAGGAGGAGUUAAAGAGCCUAGGGCCUGCAGCGCCCAUCAUUGACUCCCCCUACGGGGACCCCAUCGAUCCGGAAGAUGCCCCAGAAUCAAUUACCAGGGCAGUUGCUAGUCUCCCCCCGGAGCAAAUGUUUGAGCUGAUGAAGCAGAUGAAGCUGUGUGUCCAAAACAGUCACCAGGAAGCUCGAAACAUGUUACUUCAAAACCCCCAACUGGCUUACGCCCUGUUACAGGCGCAAGUAGUGAUGAGGAUCAUGGAUCCAGAGAUUGCUUUGAAAAUUCUGCAUCGCAAGAUACAUGUCACACCGCUCAUCCCAGGCAAAUCUCAGCCUGUCUCUGGCCCUGGCCCUGGGAUCUGCCCAGGACCUAAUGUUCUACUGAACCAGCAGAAUCCUCCAGCCCCUCAGCCUCAGCAUUUGGCUAGAAGACCUGUGAAAGACAUCCCUCCUCUGAUGCAGACCCCUAUCCAGGGUGGAAUUCCAGCCCCAGGGCCAAUACCAACUGGGGUUCCCGGACCUGGUCCUGGUUCCUUAACUCCUGGUGGAGCAAUGCAGCCCCAAGUUGGAAUGCCAGGGGUUGGUCCUGUGCCUUUAGAGCGGGGACAGGUGCAGAUGUCGGAUCCUAGAGCUCCUAUGCCUCGUGGACCCAUGACUGCUGGUGGCCUGCCUCCUCGAGGACUGUUAGGAGAUGCACCAAAUGACCCACGUGGAGGGACUUUGCUCUCAGUCACUGGAGAAGUAGAGCCCAGAGGCUAUCUUGGCCCACCUCAUCAGGGUCCCCCUAUGCACCAUGCCUCUGGUCAUGACAACCGUGGCCCUUCCUCACAUGAGAUGAGGGGCGGGCCAUUAGCAGAUCCCAGACUGCUAAUUGGAGAGCCCAGAGGACCCAUGAUGGAUCAAAGGGGUCUACCUUUGGAUGGUAGAGGUAGUAGAGAUUCUCGAGGGAUGGAGACUCGAGCCAUGGAAACUGAGGUCUUAGAGACACGAGUAAUGGAGAGAAGAGGAAUGGAGACCUGUGCAAUGGAAGCCAGAGGGAUGGAAGCAAGAGGCAUGGAUGCAAGAGGAAUGGAGAUAAGGGGCCCUGGCCCCAGUUCGAGAGGCCCUAUGACUGGUGGAAUCCAGGGUCCUGGUCCCAUUAAUAUGGGGGCAGGUGGUCCUCAGGGACCCAGACAGGUCCCAAGCAUUUCAGGGGUGGGAAAUCCUGGAGCUGGCAUGCAGGGGGCAGGCAUACAAGGAGCAGGCAUGCAGGGAGCAGGCAUACAGGGAUCGGGCAUGCAGGGAGCGGGCAUGCAGGGAGCAGGCAUACAAGGAGUGGGCAUGCAGGGGGCCGGCAUACAAGGAACGGGCAUGCAGGGGGCAGGCAAGCAAGGUGGAGGCCAGCCUAGCAGUUUUAGUCCUGGGCAGAGCCAAGUAACUCCCCAGGAUCAAGAAAAGGCAGCUUUGAUCAUGCAGGUUCUUCAACUGACUGCAGAUCAGAUUGCCAUGCUGCCUCCUGAGCAAAGGCAGAGCAUCCUGAUUUUAAAGGAACAAAUCCAGAAGUCUACUGGAGCUUCUUGAAAGGUUUGGGGAAAUAUUUGGCAGUAGUCCCAGAAAGUUUUUCUGUAAUGAAGAAUGAAUGUAAAAAUCUGGCUUCUGUAUCUCCAAACUUGAAUGAUUUGACUUUCUCUCUUCCCAGAACCUAAUCUCAUUUCUUCUUGCUGUCUUUUUCUUUUUUCUAAUUUCCUUUUAAUUGGGGGGGGAGGGGGGAGGGGGAGGAGGGAGUGGGUGUGUUCACUUUAAUUCAUUGUAGAUAUACAAAAAUAACUUUCAACAUGAUAUUGUACCAAAUAAGAUUACAAAGAAGAUGCAGCAAUAUUAAAAAUGUCUACAAUAUGUUAACUACACCUUUUUAAAUAUCGAGUGAAACGAUGUGAAAACUGCACAUAAAGACUAAAAGAUGACCUGUUACAAUGGUAAUGUAGUAAUAGUUUAAGACUUUUGGUUGUAUAAGAAAAUAAAGAAGUUUACCUCAGAAUUAUACGAUAUAUUUUUUGGUAAGCCAUUUAAAAUACAAAAUCCUAUUUGAGGGCAAUAGAAUGCUGUAUUAGUUUAAGCAUUGUUUUAGUGUUUUGGAAUAAUUUUGAAGCGUUAGAGCUAACAGGAUAAGUCUCAGCUUGUGGUGUAGGAAUUGUUUUUUUCUAAAGCUAUGCUAUCUGAAAAGUCAAGGCAUGCAUCUGGUGUGACGUUUCUUUCAUUUAGCCCACCUUUCAGGGACCAGCAGUAUUCAGGCAUUGGGCUUUUCCUAAAUAGUGGAAAGCUGCAUGCAGUAAAGCUCUGUUUCCUGGUAGCUAGCUUCCAUACAGAUGGUAUCCAUCUGGUCAUCCUGAAUUAGGAGGUAAAACUCUUUAUCUCAGCAACAUUUAACAUGCCUUUUCAUUCUCUUAUUUCAAAAUCUACCUAUCACCAUCUUAGCAGAAUCAUUGAGGCCCAGAUAGGUCGAGAGAUUACUUGGAGCCUUAAUUCCCUGCUCAGUUGGUUAUUACUCACUUUACUUUUUACAAGUAAUAAAGCUAUCGAGUCCUAAUAUACAUACCCAUGAGACAUAUUUAAAAAUGAAGGUCCGGCUUAUAACAUUUCUUUAGAGCUACUACCUAAUUUAUUUUUAAGCCUUGAGGAUGUAGACACACAAAAAUUUGUAUUAUAGACCAAGUAGUAAUUAAUGGAACCGUAAACAAAUAACCAGGUGAUCUCACUCUGGAGAAGAAAAACCAGUAUCUAGUUAAGAGGAAAAAAUAUCAUUUAGUAUAAAGAGGGAGCUGAGACUUGGAAAUUGAGUUAUUUUCCCCUUGCAAAGUUUUUACAUCUUAAAUGGGUAAUUUACUCACUUUUUACAAAGUUUUUAUCCCUACGCUGUUGUCUCCUGCUACCUGUUUUUACUGUUGUUCAUAUUGUUAACUUUCCCAUGUUUUCUAUAUGCUUCCCCUAUAUUGGAGGGGAUGCCUCUCCUUUACUCUCUUUUAUGUGUGAUAGCUCUGGUUCUAGUAAUUCACAGAGUUGGCUUGAUUACUUUGAAAUUAUAAUUGUUUUAUCCCAAAGCUUUCACUGAAGGGCUCUAACUGAAAACUAUUAAAUGUUAUGCUCUUUGUUGUAGUAAAAUCUCUGCAUUGUUUAAUGCAGACUAAAUAAAAAGAAUGUACAAUUAAGGCUGA